AUGGAGCAGGGGUGUGUGUCUGUCGGCGCGCGGAGGUCUGUGCGCGUGCCAACGGAAAGCCGAAGAGACGCCAGAUCAUCAAGAAGGAUUGCGGUCGAGGCGGGGGAUGGGACGGGGGGGGCGACGGAUGCGGACGAGGAGUCCUUCAACAGGCACUUCGCCUUGGAGACUCCACUGCAGCAGGCCGCGCGAACAUUGGAGUUCAUUCUGGAUAAAUACUCGCCAGAUCAAAGGACUCAAGAGAAACUGGAAAUGGUGCUUAACAUCAUCAGGAUUGAUUCACCAAAUGCAGAGCAGUCGCCACCUGCGAAAAACCUUAUUGUAUACAUGAAUCGCCUCCCAAAUUGCUCUUUCCAACCCAGCCAACCGGAGGACCUGAACAUGGUGACGAUCCAGAGCAUAAUGAACGCCGACCUAGACUCCUCCACUACCGAGUGGAUCGAGGCUCAACUGUCGGCGGGCUCGUCAUUAGGAGUGGCGAAUCCCACCGGGAUCGUGAAGUGGAACAGGCUCAGGGAGGGGCUGCAGGGCGUUGUCCAUCGGCUAGCGUCUGAGGUCGGGCGGGCGUACAACAUGGAGAAGGCGGCGGCGGGGAGAUCGAGGCGACAAUCUGCCAACAUCAACGUCAGCCAGCUCAUGGCCCUUCCUGGGGCGCGAAGUACCGGAAGGACCAAGCCAGGGGUGGGCUCCGUUCUGUACGAGAUAGACGAAAACAGCCAGAUGGACGAGGAAACAGAAGAUGAAGAACACGCCGAGCACGAGGCGCUUCUCGACUUGAUGCCGGUGUGGCCGGGAAUAGCACCGGAGGCGCAAAAGGCCCUGGUGGAUCACAUCACAACCCGACAUUUCCUGGACUGGGGGUUCGACGUCUUUAAGCUGGAGGAACUGUCGGGGGGGCAUGCGCUUUGGUACACGGGGACCCUAACGCUCUGCCACUACAACUUCGUUGGCGUCUUCAACAUCAACCCGGCGAACUUGUCCCGGUUCUUGACCCACGUGGAACAGAACUAUUGCUACGACCCCGCGGCUCCCAACCCGUACCACACUUCCGUUCACGCCGCCGACGUCACGCUCACCGUGGCGCAUUUUUGCGAGAACUCGAUAAUCGCUUCGGGAAUCAAAGCGUUGCAAGGCUUUGCCUUGCUCGUCUCAGCGAUCGUGCACGACUACCGACACAGGGGAGUGAACAACGGCUACUUGAUAAAGGUUAAGGACGCCCUAGCCACAAGGUACAACGACGGUUCGGUGCUGGAGAACUUCCACAUCUCGGAGGCCUUCAAGGUGCUGUAUCACGAGGAGACCAACAUCUUGGACGGACUAAGUGCCGAUGACGCGAGACAUUUCCGGCAACUUGUCAUCAAGAUAAUCCUGGCAACCGAUCUCGCUCGCGGAUUUGAGUACGUUGCUCGGUUUAAGGCGUCGACAACGUCGAAGGGGGGUAGGAGAGCUAGCAUCGUGCCCGACAUGGGGCGGGAGGGAACAUCGACACCGGGUUUGAUCGGGGCGCCGGGGAGCCCCGGGGGGGUGAUGGGCGCGCCGAAGGGAGGGGCAACGAAGGAUCCGCUCCAGGCACAGAUUCUGCUCAUGCAGAUGGUCAUAAAGGAGUUCCAUCGCCAAGGCGACCUAGAGGCGGAGAGAGGAGUGCCGGUGUCUCCGCUGUGCAGCCGCGAGGGGCACAACCAGGCCAAGAGCCAGUGCGACUUUGUCAAUUUUGUCGUGAGGCCGUGCGCGACGGUGUUUUCCGAGUUCUGCAAAGACAAGAUUUGGGUCACGACGCUCGAGAGCAACUACCGAAGGUGGUUGAGUAUGGCAUCUUGACAGUUUUUUGCAUUGCUUGGAUUGUGUGGC